AUGGCUACCACCCAAGAAAAAGAAGCCCCCUGGUGGGCGGCCUUCGGCGAGCCCAAAGCCAAAGUCGGCUCCGUCCCCGCUUCCACCGUCCUCGCAGACCUCGAAGCGCAACCCCUCGGCGGCCCCAACGUCAAACGGCGCUUCCUUCUUGUCGACGUGCGCCGGACGGAUUAUGAGGGUGGCACCAUUGCCUCGUCUAUUAACCUGCCCGCUCAUACGAUUUACCAGACGAGGGCGAUAAUAUACCAACUUUGCAAGCAGGCUGGCGUGGAACAGAUUAUUUUCUACUGCGGAAGCUGCGGAGGACGGGGACCAAGGGCUGCUGGCUGGGUGCAAGACUACCUCGACGAGGUUGGCGAGAAAGACAUCAAGAGCGUGUAUCUCGAAGGCGGUAUCAAGGGCUGGGUCGCAGCAUAUGGCUCAAGAGGAAUGGAAUUCUUUGAUGAGAAGGCAUGGGCGAAGAAAUAA